CCUGGAAUAAACCAAACGAAUAAAAGGAUGAAAGCAAACAAAAACUAAAUCAAGCCAUGCCAUAAUUCAUUUUGCACCUAUGGUACACAUGAAAUUAACCGACAUAUCUAUUGCUAUUUUGUUACAACAGAAACUGAUUCUCAACUCAAAUGUAGUGCAAAUAAAAAUAGAUCUUGUGUAAUACAGUUAUGUGCUUGAUAACAAAAAUACAACGUAAAUGAUUAACAUAAUACGGGAGGUCAGAGCUGGCAUGUGCAGUCGUGGUAGUCAUUUUUCCUGUUAACAGGCUCCAAUACUCAGACCAAGCAACCCCGAUCAUGUUUAUAACCAGCAAAUUCAGUUUUCAAAUAAAUAUUUCUGAGCAAAGUCUGUUGGACAUGUCUUUCUAUUUUCAGUUGUAUAGCAAAGCUACCCUUAUGGACUGAGUUCCUGUAGCAUGGGAACGGGCGUUUAGUACUGUUGGUAUUUCACGUUAUCUGCUUGCAGAGUCAGUUUACAAGUUUUUGCGGGAUGCCUGAGUCUGUUGGACAUGUCUUUUUUUAGUAGUUACCUAUGGGGACUCCACACAGCAAGCCAACGGAACAGACGACAUCAUCGCCGAUACCUCCAGGUAUAUGUUCACCAAGUCAAACACCAUCCCAGGAAACUGAAUGUGUUGCAGGCCCGAGAGAGGGGACAAGUGUUGACGACUCUAACGAACGGAUUAUACCCGUAGCCGACGUUGUUGACAUAAUGUACCCACGUAGUCCAGGAGUCCAUAUUACUCCCUACGAACGGAUGAUACUUCAGACCGAUGGCGAUAGCACAUGUGAUACUCCAGAUUCGUUGCCGGCUCUCAGUAAUCUAACAAAAGAACUAGCUAGCAUGACAAGUGACAUUUGGGAAGAGAGGCCUCAGAAUGUCCCACGCCAUCCUCUCAGUGAUAUCACUAAUGCAGAUCAACCAUCCUCUAUGGACCUUCAUGAAAAAAGAGAGCUAAUGAAAGCUCGGAGGCGAGCUGCUUAUAGAAAGAAAAAAGAGAAGGCUACCGUCAAGCAACAAGAUGAAAAACUGUCUGCCCUUACGAUAUCAGAUAUGCAAAAUGUUCCCAUGUUACCUCUCGGUGAUAUCACUAAGGUGUGUCAACCAACCUCGGUGGACCUUGACGAGAAAAAAGAGCUAACAAAUGCUCGAAGGCGAGCGGGUUAUCGAAAGAAAAAAGAGGAGGCAGGCAGCAAGCAACAAGAUGAAAAUCUGCCUGCGAUUACGAAAUCAGUUAUGCUAAAUGUUCCCCAAUUACCUCUCGGUGAUAUCACUAAUGUGUGCCAACCAUCCUCGAUGGACCUUGACGAGAAAAAGGAGCAAAUAAAGGCUCGGAGGAGAGCUGCUUAUCGAAAGAAAAAAGAGGAGGCAGCCAGCAAGCAACUAGAUGAAAAUCAGCCUGCCCUUACGAUAUUGGGUGCAUACCUAAGCAGAACCUUUGGUGAUGGUGCUGUAGAUGGCGACCUCAUCGAAAUCAAUGAGCACCUACAAAAUGCCGACCAGCAAACCAGUGAUCCGGUAACAAAGGCGGAUAAUGGAGCGGACGAGCAGAGUCAUGAGUCCAAAGCUCGGCGUGGGACGAGAGAGCGAGCUUGCAAGGGAAGUAUGGCGACGAAGACGCGUCAGGUGAAAAUUGGGAAGCAAAAAACAUGUUCGAAGGUACCACAUGGUGAGAGGAAUGCUCUACGCGACCGGCGUAAUGAAAGGUUUGCAGGUAGGGUGAUGACACCAACCGUCAGGUCCAUCUCCAUACCGGAAAUGAACUCAACUGGACAACCUACCGUACUGGAAGCACACGGUGCCUCGACCCCAUCUAGCACGCCGGAGUACACGAUUAGAAGUGAAGACGACAUGGACGCUUACCUUAGUCGUCUCAUGAAUGAUAAUGUCAACCCUGACAUCCUCUUUGACGAUGAGUAUUACCUUUUUUCUGGUGAAGGCUCAGAUGUUGAUGACAUGGAGCACGACGAAUUGGAAGACUCAAGUCAAAAUACAUAUGUCGACCAUGAUCCAUUGGACUAUGUCUACUCAAACCUCCCGGACCACACACACAUCCUGAAGCACGCCGCAAAUUGCCAUCACUGCAAGGCCAAGAAGUUUGUGUCCGAGGCCCCGGGAUUCUGUUGUCGCAGUGGGCAGAUCCAGCUGAAGCAACCGGAUCCCAUCCCAGAGCUAAUGAGGCUUUGGUCUAGCAUGGAUGCGGACUCAAGGCAUUUUCGGGAGAACAUACGGUUCUUCAACGGCCACUUCUCCUUCACAACCCUCGGCGUCAGCCUUGAUGAAAGCUACACAAACAUGAAGUCUGGGGUGUACACGUUCCGUGCGCACGGCACCAUCUACCACAACGUUCAUUCCUUUGGGCCAACAUCACGUCCAGAUCAUCUACAGCUGUACUUCUACGACGAUGACCCGGGCCUAACCCAUCGCAAGGCUGCCACCGAGCAAUUAGACCAGGAUGUUGUCAGAAAGUUAGUGGACAUACUCAGGGAAAACCCGUACUCCCAGCAGUUUAGGAGUUUGGGUGCGCACAGGGACAACCUCGACGAUUAUAGGAUAGACCUCAACACUGACUAGAGACUAGACCAACGGAAGUAUAAUAGACCUCUGUCAUCUGAGGUCGCUGCAAUUUGGGUGGAGGGCACUGACCUAGCGAAGAGGUUCGAUCGUAAGAUUACACUUUGCGGGAAUGACAACCAGAGGCACACUAUACAUGUGACGGCUGGCUCGUAUGACCCGCUCUCUUACCCACUCUUCUACCCAAGAGGGGAGCUCGGUUGGCACCCGAAACUUCCUAAACGUGAUGUCCCUUGGCCGGUUGUGCAACAACCAAGAGGUAGACGUGAUGAUGAUGAUGAUGAUGAUGAUGAUGAUGCAGGUAAGCCUCAUGCGUGUUCUGUCGUUUAGAGGAAUUGUAUACUUCUCAUAUGAAUCCUAAUGUGCGCGUUACUCAUCCAUGUGCAGAGGGGAAUAGCAGGUUAUACGUCUCGGUGAGAGACUACUACUGUUACAUGCUCCAGACACGACCUGGGAUAUUCAAUCCCAUACUCUGUGGAGCACGAUUGCUCCAACAAUGGGGGGUGGACAUGUACAUCAAGAUUGAGAGUUGUAGGUUGAAAUGGUACAGGAAGAAUCAGACAAAGAUCUGUGCCGACCUGUAUAAAGGAGUUGUUGAUGCAAUUACAUCCGGGGAGACUCGCGCAAGCGCUAUUGGGGUAAGGAUAGUGCUCCCUGGAACAUACCCAGGUGGCGACCGCGACAUGAAGCGGAGGCAUAUGGAUGCCUUGGCAAUUGUCCAUACCUACGGGAAGCCUGACAUCUUCCUGACCAUGACCUGCAACCCUAACUGGGAAGAGAUAACGAAUGAGUUGUUUCCUGGUCAGACAGCGCAAGACCGGCCUGAUCUUGUUGCUCGUGUGUUCCAUGGCAAGCUAGAGGCUAUGAAAGAGAUGUUGUUCAAGAAGAAUAUCCUGGGUGUGGUUGUCGCACAUGUAUACGUAGUCGAGUUCCAGAAGAGGGGCCUCCCCACGCACACUUUUUGUUGAUCAUGGAUUCUGCCUAUAAGCUUGUCGUUCCGGAGCAGUACGACCGAGUCAUUUCUGCCGAGCUCCCAGACAAGCAGAAGUAUCCUGAACUCCAUGCCUUGGUGGUGAAACAUAUGAUGCACGGACCAUGCGGUGUUCUCAAUCCCAAAAAUGUGUGCAUGCAACAGAAUGAGUGCAAGUGCAGAUACCCGCGGCCGUUCAAUGAAAACACGGCACAGGGUAAGGACUCAUACCCUGUUUAUCGUCGUCGAGAUAAUGGUCGGCAGGCUAAGGUCCGGGGUAAAAUGUUGGACAACAGAUGGGUUGUUCCGUAUAACCCUUACCUUCUGCGGAUGUUCAAUUGCCACAUCAACGUUGAGGUUUGCUCCAGCAUAAAGGCCGUCAAAUACCUUUACAAGUACAUAUACAAGGGCCAUGAUAGGGCUUCUUUCAGCAUCGACCAGCCCGACGCCGAUGGUAACAUUGAUGAGAUCAAAAGAUACGUAGACGCGAGGUGGGUUACUCCUCCAGAGGCGAUGUGGAGGAUAUUUGGCUUCCCCUUGUGUGCCAAUGAGCCGCCUGUCCUACAGUUGCCUCUUCAUCUCCCGAAUAUGCACAGGGUGGCAUUCAAUGAGCAAGCUCACUUGACCGACGUAGUCGCCUCUGAGAAAGCUUCCAAAUCCAUGUUGACAGAGUAUUUCAAAGCUAACC